AUAUAUAGAGAGAAGACAAGUUCUCUGAAGGUGUGCCAAUCUAUAGAUUAUCAGACAAAAGCUCUCUUUGAAAGUGCAUUGCAGGUGAUUUGUAGUACUUCAGAGAGAUGGGGGAAGAAGGAGAUGGAAAUUUGAACUUGAUGAACACCGGAGGAUCUCUUCCGGUGCCGAACGUUCAAGCGAUCUCAGACUCUUCAAAGAACUGCACUGAGAUCCCAGAGAAGUAUGUCAGACCUGAGAUGAGUGAGAGCGUUGUUCAGAAUGGUGCUGCUGGUCCUGGUGACUUUCCAAUCAUAGAUUUGAGUAGACUUUAUCAGGACUCUGAGGAAGAGAUAACAAAGCUUGGAGCAGCAUGUGAAGACUGGGGAUUCUUUAUGCUCAUUAAUCAUGGAGUUCCUGAUGAAGUGAUUAACAAGAUAAGGGGUGCCAUCACUAACUUCUUCAGUUUGCCUUUGGAGGAGAAGAAAGUAUAUGCACAACGUCCAGGCACUGUUGAAGGUUAUGGCCAAACUUUUGUCAUCUCAGAGGAACAGAAACUGGAUUGGGGGGACAUGUACUUCCUUUCUACUAGACCAGUUGCUGGGAGGAACAUGAAACUCUGGCCUACAAAUCCACCCACUUUCAGAGAUGCAUUGCAUGAGUACUGUGAAGAACUGCAGAAAGUGGGAACCUUUUUGUUAGAAUCAGUGCAGAAGAGUUUGAAACUCUCUACUCUCAUGGACAAUCACAAAGAUGGCCUUCAAGCUAUAAGAGUUAACUACUACCCUCCAUGUCCUCAAGCCAGCAAAGUCCUGGGCAUAUCCCCACACUCUGAUGCUGUUAGUCUAACUGUGCUCCUCCAAGUGAAUGAUGUUCAAGGACUGCAGAUAAGAAAGGAUGGUGCUUGGUACCCAAUCAAACCUAUCCCUGGUGCUUUCAUUGUCAACGUUGGAGAUAUCAUUGAAAUAAUGAGCAAUGGAAAAUACAAGAGCAUUGAACACAGGGCUGUUGUUGAUACAGAGAGAGAACGGUUGUCAUUAGCAACUUUCUUUAGUCCUGGAGUUAAAGGACGUGUAGGACCAUUGCCAGAGAUAUUGGAGAAAAAUGAAGCACGCUAUAAGUCUGCUAGCAUGGAGGAGUAUAUUAAAAUGCUCUUUUCCUUCAAACUUGAAGGGAAAAACAUAUUGGAUCACAUGAAACUAUCACCUGCUUAAUUAAUCAGAUGUUAUGCUUAAUUACUAUGUCUUUACUUAAUUACUUUGUCUGAUGCAAAAAAUAAAACUUGCUGUGAUGUAGUACUUUAUGUUUCUUUUAUGGAACUUAUUACUUUGCCUAAUGCUAAUAAAAGAUGCUGAGAUGUAAUUGCUGCUAAAUGCAAUGCUUUGUU